AUGUACCAGAGCUUAGCCAUGGCAGCCAACCCCGGGCCUCCGGCGUACGAGGGGGCAGGUGGCUUCAUGCACAGCGCGGCCGCAGCGUCCCCCGUCUAUGUGCCCACCACGAGGGUCACCUCCAUGCUCCCCAGCCUGCCCUACCUGCAGAGCAGCGCCUCUUCCCAGCAAGGCAGCCCCGUCCACUCCAGCCACUCCAUCUGGACUCAACCCGGAGCAGAAAGCGCCGCUUACAACCCUGGAUCUUCUCACCCUCCCGUGUCACCUCGGUUCUCCUUCUCCACCAGCACCCCCAUCCCGGCCACCUCUUCCCGGGAAGCGGCGGCGGCUUACAGCAGCUCCUUGAACCUUUCUGCUAACGGGAGGGAGCAGUACGGCAGGGGCUUCGGCAGCUCCUAUUCCAGCCCCUACCCGGCCUACAUGAGCCCCGACAUGGCCACGACCUGGACUUCGUCGCCCUUUGACAGCCCCAUGCUGCACAACCUGCAGAGCCGAGGGACGCCCGCGGCCGCCCGCCACGCCAACAUCGCAGAAUUUUUUGAUGAUUAUUCCGAGGGGCGAGAAUGUGUCAACUGUGGGGCCAUGUCCACGCCGCUGUGGAGGAGGGACGGCACGGGGCACUACCUCUGCAACGCCUGCGGGCUGUACCACAAGAUGAACGGCAUCAACCGGCCCCUGUUCAAACCCCAGAGGAGGCUGUCAGCAUCCCGCCGUGUUGGGCUCUCCUGUGCCAACUGCCACACGACGACCACCACGCUGUGGCGCAGGAAUGCCGAGGGGGAGCCCGUCUGCAACGCCUGCGGACUCUACAUGAAGCUCCACGGGGUUCCAAGGCCUUUAGCCAUGAGAAAAGAGGGAAUUCAGACGAGGAAACGCAAGCCUAAGAACCUUAACAAAACAAAGGCACCAGCAGGCCCAUCCAGCAGCGAGAGUCUUACCCCAACCACCAGCUCCACCAGCAGCAGCAGCAGCAGCACCACGACCACCGAGGAAAUGCGCCCCAUCAAAACAGAACCUGGGCUCUCAUCUCACUAUGGGCACCCCAGCCCUGUUUCUCAGGCAUUCUCAGUCUCUGCCAUGUCCGGACAUGGAUCAUCCAUCCACCCUGCAAUCUCAGCUCUGAAGCUUUCCCCCCAGGCCUACCAGUCAGCCAUGAGCCAGUCUCCACAAACCAGCUCCAAACAGGACUCCUGGAACAGCCUGGUGCUGGCUGAGAACCACGGGGACAUCAUAACUGCAUAA